GGGUUUUACCGAUAUAUUGUUGCUUCAUUGAGAACAAUUUCGAUAAACUUGAAUACUUUGGGGAGCUGCAUCUAUGUAUCCUGUGCCCCUGUGUCUCCUGUCCCCCUGUGUCUCCUGCGCCCCUGUGUCUCCUGCGCCCCUGUGUCUGCUACAUUUCGGGGUUUAAUGUAUUUUCGAUAUCAAUUACUGUUAUUCAAUAGCCCUAGUCAUAGGCCAAGUCCAUGUCAUUGAUCAUAACUAUUUUUAAUCAUACUCAUUCUAUCAUAUCUUACCUUCGUAAAGGCUGGCUUUAAAUGAGUUCACGCCUUGUCUCAAGGCCUAGAGGCAGUGAUAAAAAAGUUUUGUAGAAUAUUAAAGAACAACUAACUAGUUUGAGAUAAGUCUGAGUAAAAGAACUGUAGCAGAAAUAAACAAUAAAACACACACGUGUCAUCAUGUUGUAGUGCAAAUGUAAUGAGAUCUAUCAUCAUUUAAAACAUUGUUUCUUUAACCAUAUCAGAAUAUCCAGUAUAAAUGAAAGAGUAAAACAAUUUAUUUAAUGUUAAAAUCGUUUUGAAAAUAUUGUCGGUGUUUUUCAUUUUUGUCUAUUCCAUGGGCUGAAUUUGAUUCAGGAAUAAUUCAGUGAAAUUUCAGAUGAGAAUUCAAGCCGAAUACAAGUGUACAAUAAUGAAAUGCUAGAAAUAUGAGUAUAUUACAGCUUAAAAGAAUAGACAUUUAUUAAGUAUUUUCCCAAGGAAACACCAAAAAACCAAAGGACUGGUUGCAUAAAAUCACUGGUGUAAUGCUGGGGGGUUCAGAGGGUCUGGACUCAAUUUGUUACUGCUGAAAAGUAAUCCGUUUUGAUGUUCCUUUUGGUAAGUUUUUACGAGGUCAUCCGUUUUAUUUUCAUAGCACGUUGCCUCUGGAUAACAUAUCAACAGAUCUGUUAAAAGUUGCCAUUUGGUCGUGUAUACAUGCAGAAAGAAUAUUAAAAAUCGCAGUUAAGUCCUUCUUUUCCUACUUUUUUUUCCUAUUGCCCCCCUAAUCAGUCAGUUUAUGUCGCAUUUCAUGCACCACCCAGUCAGUUGUGUUUUAAUGAAGCAACAUUUUGGCAAGAUUCAUACUAAGCCCUCUUAACGUUUAGCGUCCGCUACGCCCGUGUAAUUCCAUAUAUAAGUGAAUGCAGUUUCAAUCUCUUGUGUCCUGAACAGAGUAUAUCUACAACUCAAUAUUACACAAAGUUAAUACACCAAUAACUAAAAUUUAUAGAAUAUAGAAAUACGAAACGAGGAAUAAUAUGAAUAAUUGUGAAAGAAAUUUCUUAGUGGAGGAUCGCUUUAUAACUCUGCUAUUUAUGCAGAAAAAAAUGAGGGGUUUUCAAUGAUUUGUGCAAGGCAGAAGUCUCUGCUAUGUGUAGUAUAUAUGGGAAAAUAGAUUUAAAGCUAAUAUUUUGUUGCAAACAUAUGCAUUUUCAAUUGGUGACGAAGAUUGCUCCCGGAAGGAGAUUGUCUUGUGAUUGAUUAUGCGGGAAAUUUGGCGCCUGAAUGGGGUGUAAAUUUUUUUAAAGCAAUUACCCUAGUAAUUUUCGUUUUUCGUUGGCGGAAAAAAUAGUGGUUUGGUGUGAAAGAUUUUGGCAAGACUCAAUUCCAUGCUUAAGGAAAGAAGCGAAUUAUUAGCAUUAUUAAGAAAACCAGAACACGAAGAGGCAAAAGACGCAUUCUUUUGAAGAAAAUUUCCACAUAUUCUUGCCAGCUAUUUUAUAGCUCAAAAGUAGCUCGAAAGUAUUUCAAGAGUAGCUCGAAGGAUCGCAAAAUUUCUUGAAUUUUGAAAAUAACAUAUGUCCUUGAGUUAUUGUUGUUCCCUGGGUUAACCUUACAGAAAAAUGACGAGGAUGUGCCUCUCAGAAAUAAAUUAUGAUUCCUAUUCCGCAAAAUUAUGAUGUAAAAAUUGUGCGGAGUAUGUUGCAACGGAGGAGGAGCGGAUAUAUUAUUCACAAUCUAGAACUCGUGAAGUACAAAGGUUUGAAAGAAGCCCCAUUCAAAAAGUUUGCUGAAUCAUGCAGUAACAUGCAGCUAGCAGUAAAAAUAACAUAAAUACGCUGCUACACGUGGUCUAAUAUUCCAUACUGCUAGCAAUUUCACAAGGUGUACAAGACAUUUCCAGAGGGAAAGAAGAACGAAACGCAGUGGACUUUUGUUUGGAUUAUCAGCGAAGUUUUAAGGUUUAACAAUGCACGAACUGAAAGGAGAAGUUACAAUUUUCUCUAUUGUUGGUUGUCCAUUUUGCAUCAGAGCAAAAGGAAAGUUUGAAGAACUUGGAUUGCCAUUUAUUGACAUUAAUUUAGAUCGAUAUAAAGAUGCCAGAAAGAUUAUGAUAGAAAAGACUGGAAAAAAGACUGUACCACAAAUAUUUUUUAAUGGCAAGCAUAUAGGUGGAUGGAGUGAUUUUAAUAACAUGCCAGAAGAGGAGCUUAAAGGUCUCAUUGAUGACGUUACAGAAAACGAAGCACCAGAAGACUCUCCAGCAGCAUUUUUGAAGUCUGUGGACAAGGAGGGAAGUGAUUCUGAUGAUUCAUUCGAAUUUACGUGCGAACUGGACGAAUAUUCGUAUUUGAAGAAAGAGCUUCAAGAGAGUGGGAUUGUUAAAGAUAUCCGAAGUGGACUGAAAACAUUCAAAAACUCAUUUUAUGGCAAAGACGCUGUCAGUUUUCUUGUGCAGACGAAGAAUUUAGAUCGUGGACAUGCCAUUGCCAUGUGUAAGCAGUUAGUUGAGAAGCAUUUUGGGAAGUCUGUAAAAGAGAAAGGGCAAAUAGAGUUUCGAGAUGAUGAUACUAUAUACAGAUUCCUGGAGGACGACCAGACAAACGCACUCAAUUCUGACAUUGUCUCAGAUUGUGAACCAAGAGACGGUAUCGCAUACAGUGUAUGCAAUGUUGUAUCCUUCAUCACCAAGCUCAUCAAGGUCAUAUACAAACUGAUCUUAACGAUCUGGCUCUUUUUGAAGCACCAGAGAUUCUUUUUAGCUAUUCCUUUGAAUGCUAAUUAUGAGAGUCUUCCCGAGCGGCCAAUCAAAAAAGCUGCUGAAGUUGGUGAAGAUUUGAGAAAGCUGAUAUUGUCGAUAUACAACUCUCAUUUGUCAGCCGGUGGCAAAAAAGUUGACUACAAGGCAAUAGGUGAAAGUGCAGAGUUUAAACAGUACCAGAAACACACCGCAGAGCUGAAGCGAGUUAAUGUGGAAAAUGCAUCACGGGAAGAGAAACUUGCCUUCUUCAUCAAUGUUUACAAUGCGUUGGUUAUUCAUGCGUUUGUUGUCCGUGGGCCACCCACAAAUCUCUGGCAAAGAUACAAGUUUUUCAACGUGGUUAGUUACGUCAUCGGUGGUCAAGUGUACUCACUGAAUGAAAUCGAGAAUGGCAUCCUAAGAUCGAAUCGAAAACCACUCGGCUCUUUCCGGAGACCGUUCUCCAAGAACGACCCGCGCUUGCAAGUUGCCUUGGAGGAACCUGAGCCAAAAAUCCAUUUUGCCCUGGUAUGUGGUGCCAAGAGUUGUCCGCCGAUCAAGACAUACAGUGCAAAGGACAUUGAGAAUCAGCUUAAGCUGGCAGCAGAGUCCUUUUUGGAAGGGGAUGACUGCGUAGUGGAAAUGACCAAGAGAGAGGUGAAGCUAAGUCAGAUUUUGAAAUGGUAUAAAGAGGAUUUUGGAAAGACAAAGGCUAAUAUCCUACAGUGGGUGAUGGAAAACAUGGGAGAAUGUGAAAAGAAGAAGCAACUAGCUGAACUUCUGGAGAGUAAGAAUUUCAAGCUUAAUUAUUUACCGUACGACUGGGGACUCAAUUCAUAGAAACUUUCAAGAAACUGUUAAAGGACAAACCAUUUUAAUUAGCGCAUUUGAGGUAAGCUACUGCACAAAGAACAUCAUUGGCAAGUAAAGAACCAUUUAUUGUGAGAACAACAUUUAUAAGUUUUGUCGUCGAAAUAAAAGAUGUAAGUACUUGUUGUUGCCAUAAAUCACAUGCAAAUAGUUUUCCUUCAUUGUAAGAAGUAUUCAACCGACAGAUUCACUGAGUUGUAUUAUAAAAGAAGUUGAUUGUUCAAAAGUUCGUUUAAAGGUAAACAUAUUUAAGUCGGUAACUAAUAUUCCAUGCAGAAAGAUUCACCACCUACCCAAUUCCUCAUUUCUGUAAAUACUACUAACAAUAAAUAAUUAAUAGAGAGUGCGGGAAAAUAACCGACCCGAGCGCGGCUCGAACUCACGACUUGUAAAUACUACUAUUAUUGUUAUUUGUCAGUUAUAAGCAAACAAUAUGCUACCAAUAAUGCCUUUCCGGUAUCUUUGUCUGCACACACAAUUUUUGUUCUUUCUUUUUUAUCUGUUUUGUGCGAACCUUUCAGAUAUCGAAAUAUUCUCUGAUUUUGUUCCUAACUACCUGGGUCACGCUGUCUUUAGACUUUCCAAAAGUCUAUUUUUAUUAAAUCCGUAAGGCAUUCGUGCUACUGCGAGGGUUAAUCUAAACUGCGAAGGAGAUAAUAUGAGGAAAUAUCCUUAGGAUUUAAACAAAAAUAGACUUUGGGAAAGUCUAGGCUGUUUUGACCCUCCAAUAGGUUGCUUGACAGGUUUAUGGUAACUGGUUGACGAUUGAUAAGAAGGACAUUUUGCUUGGAUACGUUGCAAUUGCCAAGAUAAAAAUGAAGCAUACACUACAUACUUGUUAUUCUAGGCCAUAUCUGCACAAAUAGUUAGCUAUGCAAAUGAAAACGAAAAAAUAGCCUUUGUUUCCACCUCUACGCGACAACGCUACGUCUGAGAUCGAAAACUCAACCAUUUGAAAAGACAAUUCAGAAUACGCAAUAUUUUUUGAAAACGUAUCAGUGAAAAAAAGGCCUAACUCUCAGGCGCAUUAUAACUUUUCUCUUAAACGUCCAUUGCUCAAAUAUAGAGAAUUUAUGCGACCAUUAAUGUAUAAAAGGCUUAUCAGGCACUAUUUAGGCUGCUUGAUAUCUCGAACAUCUUUCUCAUUAGACAUCACUGGUUAUAAAAGAUACUUCUCUUUAGACACCACUAAUUACAUUGUUUUUAGAACUUUUCUAAAGGUCUUUGUACUGUUGUGUUUAUCGUUUAUUCCGGAUUUAACACCGAUUGAUUUAUCAUCGAUAAUGUUUCAUUGCUUCUGAUAUCGGCUCUAUAAUAACCAAAAUAUUUGAAUCUUUCAAGAUAAUCUUCCGUAGACUACUUUUUAUUUUUUCGCA